ACUCGGUAAACCAGACACACAUUUCAACGGUACUGCUUGAGAGGAAACAAUGAAGCUUACAGUUACUGUCUUUCCUCUGAGUUUGUGGCUUUUCUUAUCAACUUUAACAGAAGGUUUUGUUUUACUACAAGACAAUGAUCUGCGUUGUCAGUGUCUGAAGUCUGAGACCAGAGUCAUUCCUUUGAGACUUAUUCAGGAUGUGCAGUGCUUUCCCAAAAAUAAUUACUGCAACACGAUCGAACUCAUUGUUACACUAAAAUCACAAGUAAAGGUAUGCAUCGAGCCUUCUGUAAAGUGGCUAAGGAAAGUGAAGCACAUGGCAUGUAACAGAGUGCAUGGAAAGCCCUGAAAAGAUCAGUUCGACGUCGUGUCAUUUUUGAUUAUGAAACUUCUUACAUAUUAGUUUCCUCCUGCCCUGCCAGUUGAGACAAGUUAGCAAGACUGUGGUACCAGUAAUACAACACCUGUUUAGCACGUGGUGCUACAAUGAGUGGUAGAACACAGUUACCACACAGGAAUAAUGUGAUUACUGCUACGUUGUAAAAGAAGCAUCGGACAUUUAUUGAAAGUUACACAAUUAGGCUCUAUUUCAGAAAUCAGGAAGAAAAUCUAAUUUACCUAUGAGAAACAUGGACAAAACAGUAGUCAGUGGUACUGAAUUAUGUUGCUGUAAAUAGUGUAAACUUAAUAGUUUGUGUUUUAUUUUUGUAGGAGUACAACAUAUAUUUUUGCUACACACAGAUGAUUUAUAUAUUGUAGUAUAAAACUUUCUCAAUUAUGUAGUUGUAAUUAUACAAUUUGCCAUCCACUAGAAUGAAACUUGUGUUUUUGUGUGCUAUCUUUGAGAUACUGCAAACUUUAAUUAGACAUCAGUAGCAGCUAUUUACAUUUAUCAUGUCAUUAUAUGUAUAAUAUUUUGCAAACCGUUUAAAAGUAUAAUUCAUGGACAGGUUUCACACAAUUCAUGUUAAGUAAACAACAGAACUUCAAAUAAUGUUCGCUGAAUUUAGGUUCCUCACUGCUGCAGUCUGUGACCUGUUCUAUUUACAGAUGCAUUUUAAUAAUGUCACACAAUUACCUUCAGGUGGUAAAUCAUCCUUCUCCCAAAGGAUUCUGCCUUGGUCUAUUUUUUUUAACCACACCACCAUUAUGAACUUGCUUAAUUGCAGCCAUCAGAUGUGAAUGACACUGUAAGAAUUCUGUAUAAUCAUCCACUUACUUUUAUCUUUAAGAGAACUCUGAAUCCUAGCUACCGGUGCUAUAAUUUGUGUCAUGAAUCUCUACCCAAUUAUCUGAGGUCAAUGUUUCAUGCUGUUUGUUGUAGUAAUACUGCUUAGGGUUGAAUGCCUGUGUUCUGUCUCACCGAGUCUAUCAACUUGAUAUCUGAAUACUAGUUCAGCAAACAGCAAACAUUUCUACUUCAUUUUAGUAAAUAUUUCAGGAUCCAGUGGUAAAUUCUUCAAUGUACAUCUUUGUUUUCUGAAAAACCAAUGGAGUGAAUAGUGACUGCAUAAUGCUUCUCCAACUGUUGUUGAAUGAUAGCUAUGUAAUAAAAGGUCUUGUUAAAGCAACAGUUUGCUUUUGUGGAAGCAAUAGGUACAAAGGAAGUAUCUAGCAAUUUGCUGGGCAA